AUGGGACACAUCUCUCUUCCUAUUGAAGCAUGGGAGGAGUGUAUAUUAGUGCAGUUGUCUGGUGGAAUCCUGAAAGAAGAUUCUGAAGUGGAUAAAACAAUCUGGUGGCACAUGGUGACCAUUGCUGUGCCCAAAGUAUAUAAGAAUGCACAGAUGAAGAAGUCAUGUUUCCUUUUGCUUGCUGGUGGAAUGGGAGGGGGUGUCCCUUUUCCGGCCCCUUCUUCCCUCUCCCCGUCUCCUCUCCCAGACGGAGAAGACAGUUACCUGGAUGUGGAAGUGCAGCUACAGCAGCAGAGGGUCCGGCCCGGGAAUAGCAGCACCAGUUUCCUGGAGUGGUGGAUGAUCCAGCUGGCCGACUGCCAGGAGGAGUGCCACAUCCUACCCAUGGUCAUCUUCAGCGACAAAGUCAGCCCCCCCAGCCUGGGCUUCCUGGCGGGAUAUGGGAUCAUGGGCCUCUACGUCUCCAUCGUGCUGGUGAUCGGGAAGUUCGUGCGAGGCUUCUUCAGCGAGAUCUCCCACUCCAUCAUGUUUGAGGAGCUGCCCUGCGUGGACCGGAUCCUGACCCUCUGCAGCCACAUCUUCCUGGUUCGGGAGACGGGAGAGCUGGAGCUGGAGGAGGAGCUGUACGCCAAGCUCAUCUUCCUCUACCGCUCGCCAGAGACCAUGAUCAAGUGGACGCGGGAGAAGGACUGAGGAGGGAGCCCCCUUCACCCCCAUAAACAGCCCUGGGAGACAGAGCCCAGCCGCUGGAACCGGGCUGUCGAGCCAGCCAGACUCCAGUCCUGGACACCAACUCCUCCUACCCCGCCUCUUCUGCUGGAGGCUCUGGGGUGGGGCAGCCCCAUAACCUGAGCCACAGUUUGAGAAACACAAAACACUUUUUGAAACACUUUUCCUUCUUUUUUUUUUUUUUUACAAAAUGAAAAUGAAGAUAUUGCCCAGUCCCAAACCUGGACUCCCGUUUCCUUCCCCCCACGGAGACCAGGAAGUGAAUGGCUGUCCUGCUGCUGAAAUGUCCAGAGCCCCCUCCCCUGACCCUCCCUCUCGGCCCCGCUGCUGGGAACAAGGGCUGCUGGGAAUCUACAAACUUAUUUUUUCUACAGGAGGCCAUUUUAUUUAUACAGAUCUAUACAAUAAAAACAAAGCUGUGAUUUUAAAAAAAA